AUGCCUGAGAGAUGUGCCCAGCAUUCGACUUCCAUUCAUGGUCGUAGUAGCGUAUUGAUUGCGUAUGUGGAUUGUACAACGACUAGGGGGAGGUCAGCCAAUGUGCAGAGAGCCAUAAUACAAUCCGGAGCUGCCACCGCACCUUGGGCGAUCGAGCCACGUGACGUAGCCUUGGCACGUACAGUUGUGAUCUAUAAUGCGAUGAAGUGUGGUAACAUGAGCGUUAAGAACCCUGACUAUGUCAAGAUUCUCGAAUGUUUUCUACAAGCCGACGCUGACCUUAUAAGGUGA